UACUUCGUUGCAAAAUACGAAAGACUCCUCACAAUGUAUGUCAGAGGUCUGACAUACUAUGAAAAUCAUUUUCUUUAUUCCAACAAACUUUUUCAAUUUAUCAUGGGUUUAAGACCGUAUCAAAAUUCUAAUUUUCAAUUGUUUCAAUUAUGUACGACAAUCGUUUACAUUGUUCCAAUAUUUGUGCACUCGAUGUUUCAAUUGGCAUCAACAUUGCAAAGUAAAAGUUAUUUAAUCGAAUGUUGCAUUUAUAUCGGUGGAUCUGGAUUUAUGACAUACGUGACUUUUCAUUUUGGACAGACGCUUAUUAAUCAUAGUACAGAAAUAUUCGAUGAAUUGUAAGUUUUAAACAAUUUUAUUAUAAAGUAAUGAUUUUUUUUA